AUGGCUAUCUUCUCUGAUUUUCUAAAGCAAUCUGUUGAAAGGUUUAUGGUUGAUUUCUCAUUCUUUGGAGACUCUUAUUUGACCUGCUUUAACAACCUUGAAGUUGUCUUUGCCAGAUGCGAGGAGACCAAUUUAGUGUUUAAUUGGAAAAAAUGUCACAUUAUGGUGACAGAGGGUAUUGUGCUUGGCCACAAGGUUUCUAAGGCAGGAUUAGAAGUUGAUGAGGCAAAGAUAGACAUGAUCACGAAGUUGCCCGCACCUGCAAAUGUUAAGGCCCCAAGAAGCUUUUUAGGCCAUGCAGCAACACCUAUAUUGGUGGCUUCUGACUGGAUGCAACCUUUCAUCUUGAUGCGCGAUGCCAGUGAUGUAGUAGUUGGAGUAAUGCUGGAAAAAGAAAUGCUGGUGGUGGUGUUUGCAAUUGAAAAACUUCGAGUAUAUCUGGUUGGUGCAUCUGCAAAAAUCUAUACUGGUCACCUUGCCAUUAAGUUCUUGAUGGAAAAGAAGGACGCAAAGUCCAGCUUUAUUCGUUGGGUACUACUAUUACAAGAGUUUGACCUGAAAAUUACGGACAGGAAAGAGACAGAGAAUUAG